AGCCGCUGUCACCAAAAAAAUGGCUUCUCUUGACAGGGUAAAAGUAUUAGUCUUAGGAGAUUCAGGGGUGGGCAAGUCUUCCUUGGUCCAUCUGCUAUGUCAGAAUCAGGUGUUAGGAAAUCCAUCUUGGACUGUUGGUUGCUCUGUGGAUGUACGGGUCCAAGACUAUAAAGAGGGAACCCCAGAAGAGAAGACCUACUACAUUGAACUCUGGGAUGUCGGCGGAUCUCUUGGCAAUGCCAGCAGUAUCAAAAGCACCAGAGCUGUCUUUUACAAUUCAGUUAAUGGAAUUAUGUUGGUACACGAUUUAACAAAUAAGAAAUCAUCUCAGAAUCUCUACCGUUGGUCACAAGAGGCUUUAAACAAGGAUUCUUCUCCGACAGGAGUUAUCGUCUCAAACGGUGACUAUGAUAGAGAGAAGUUUGCUGAGAACUCGGUGCCUUUGUUGCUGAUUGGCACCAAGUUUGACCAGAUCCCAGAGACCAAGCGCAAUGAAGUUCUCACACGGACGGCCUUCCUGUCUGAAGACUUCAAUGCAGAGGAGUUCAAUCUCGACUGCACCAACCCGAGAUACCUCGCUGCAGGAACAUCAAAUGCAGUGAAACUCAGCAGAUUCUUUGACAAGGUUAUAGAGAAGAGAUAUUUCACAAGAGACCCAAGUCCGAUGACGGGUUUCUCAGACAGAAAACGGUUCAACUUCAAAAGUUUGCACUACGACUGACAACAGCUGUGGUCUGGUCUGUGGUUUGGCAGCAAUGCCUCUGGGCUUUAACACCACACGUAAACCAUCACCCCGACAUACUUUCUCUCCCCCGCCCCCGCUACUGUCACCUUUUGCAUCUGCUGUAAUGAUUGACAAUGAAUUAUAAUAACUAUAUUAUAUAUGAUGAAUAAUUAAUAGUGAUAAAGAUACAUA